AUGGCGUCUCCUUUCGCCUUUCGUCUUGGCGUGAAAAAUGCCGGUAGAUUAACAAACCUUUUUUCGUUAACUCCAAAGGUAUGUCUUUUUUAUUCAAUUAUUAUCUGUCAUCCUUUUUGUGUGUUUCCUGUGAACUCUUAAUGUCUUUUGACGAUUCUAAAUAACAUUGAUCGAUCUUAUGUCAUGAUCAUCCAGGGUAAAGCCGGCGUAUUGGCCUGCAAACGGUUUGGGUCAACUGCUCUUUCAUAUGAACAGGUAAACGUCUUCCUUGUUCUUAAAAAAAAUUGCUAUAAUUGUGUUUAAGACCUCAGAUUAUACCGAGCUGGCAAUCAAACUAGUAAUUGUGGGAUGAUGAAAUUGACUUGAUUAUAUAAAUUUAUGCUUAAUAGACCAUUUUACAGUUGUGGACUUAGUACCCUAGAAUUCGAGUCAAUGCGAGGCUGACGGUGACCUUGUUUUGAAACAAAUCUCCUUUGCUUUGUUAUGGAAAUUGUCCUUGAAAAAUUCUAGUUAGCAUAAACUUGAUUUACAAAAUAAAGCAAUAAGGUUUGUAUCAAAACAAGGCAACCAUCAGCCUCGCUUCCAUCCAUAACUGUUUAGUGGCCUAUCGUAACACUGAUUUUCCGCCAGGUCUUUUCUGGAACUGCAAAGUAGGUGAAUGUAAAUAACCUUGGUGAGGUACAAAACCUGCAAAAGAUAAGACGUUUUAGUAUUUUGAGCAGUGUAUUUCACUUUAUGGCCACAGAAUGAUCAAACAAAAAUCCUUCACUCAAAAAUAUAGCUUCAAGAGUUAUAGUUGUACUGGUAGUAAGAGUGUCUGUCUAUUUAAAUCUCUCAUAAGCAAGUAGAGAAAUAAUGAUCAUCUGGUGUACCAUCCUCACAGAUAAAAAAUCUUUCCCUGUUCUCUCAAGAAAAUUCACUGAAAUUCAGGUCUCCCAAAUUAGACUUUUUCCCCAGGGAGGACCCAAGACCUCUGCCCUGGAGGGAGGUGAUUCACCCUUUCCAUACCCCCACAGGCAAGAAGUUUUCUAUCUAAUCUAUUACUGCCUUAUGUACAGUUUUAUGGAACUAUUUUCUUAUUCUUUGUUGAAUUUUCUGGAGAACAUUGAUAGUUAUUUGGAUUCAAACCAUAAUUUGUUGCUGCCUUUACAGUCUUUGUACAAUGUUCCUGAGACUAAAGUCACAGUUCUUCCUAAUGGAAUGAGAGUUGCUAGUGAAGAUUCUGGACUGUCUACAGCAACGGUAGGUAUUGGCAGAGUAUAUUGUACCAGUUAAUUUGUCUUUAAGUUGAAAAUGUAAUGGUGUGGUGUAUUUGGGCAAGUGGGUGCCCCACCUAUUUCUACAGCUUCGCCCGUUAAGUACCAAGAGUGACUAACAUCACAUGGCCUUCGAGCGAGUAGGUCGCGCAUGCGCAUGGCCUUUGAGCGAGUAGGUCAAGCUAUUUUUGAGCUCUAGUUCGCUGUAAAUUCUGUUAAAUUUCUAUUACUAAAACCUAAAGCAAAGCGGAAGAAACCGAUGUCUUUCUUGCUUUUGAAUUCAUUACACAUAUUUCUUCUUUUCUUUUUCUUUGCUUUUUACAUAUUAUAAUAUAAUAUCUGAUUUGUAACAGAAUUAAUUUGGCACACCUCGACUAGCGUUUUCUUGCUAACUGCGUGCCAAACAAUUGUACUUGUAAUGUUACGAUAAUAAAUGUCUUGUCUUGUCUUGUCUUGACAUCAAUUUUCUGCUAACAAUGUCAAUAGAUAAUCAAGAGAGAGAGUAAUGAGAAUUAAUGAAAUGAUCACAAGUGGGAAAGUGCUUUGAUUCUCUUUUACCAAAUUCUCCCAACCAACUCUUUAAGGAAAAGUAUGGAGAUCACUCUGGAGAAGUUGUAUGUGGAUGUUGGGACUCACAUUUAAAUGGUUAAAGCAGCUAAGGGUGUUGCCACUUGCCUUUGGAAAGAAUGUUAUUUCAUUUGUAGCCUGCGUAGCAGGCGCUAGGAAAUAAAAAACGCGCGCGAGGGAGACACGCGUGUCUCCCUCGCGCGCGUUUUUUCUUUGCGCCCAUUUAUUUCCUAGCGCCUGCUACGCAGGCUAUUUCAUUUGAUUAGAUUUGUCAAUUCUUGGCAAUUUAGUGGUGUGCUGAUCAUCGAUUAUGAUCGGUCUUUGAUCAAAAUCUUUAAGUGAUGGGAUGACCAAUAUCAUGGAAAAUGUUUAAUUUUUAUUGAUUAUUGCAGAAAAAAUAAAAUUUGUUCUUGGCAAAUAAGCAUACAUUUUGUAUUAAUUGGAAACUUGUGUGUUGUCUUUUAAAAUAAUAAUCUCAUAAUUAAAGAAGAAAGAGAAUUUGAUUACCCAAAAGCACAGGAAAAAUGCUGAGCUCAGUGGUCCUUAGUCAAAAGACUAAAAAAGCUUGUAUUUCAUGUACUUUAACUUGCGCAAAGGUGAAAAAUAGAUGGAAUUCAUACACUGUAUAAAGAGAUUUUCUGAUUGUAAUCGAUGGUUCAUUGGGUAGUGGGUAGACCAAUCAGAUUAUUUCAGAUAAUUGAUUAUGAAAAUCUCAGUUGAUUCCCAACACUACUUGACCGGGUAACCACAACAGCAUGAAACUACUCUGUAAUUAUAGUAGUUCUGUGAUGUCUCUUAAAAGUCAUUGUUAUACAACGGCAGGUUGGUCUUUGGAUUGAUGCUGGUAGCCGAUUUGAAACAGAGAAGAAUAAUGGAGUUGCUCAUUUCCUUGAGCAUAUGGCAUUCAAGGUAUUAUUGGCUGUUUGGUACAUUAUUAAGUUAAAGUAAAGUUUCCUUUGUGUAGGCUUAUGGGGGAAUGAAUACUUGCCUUGGUAAACAAUAAUGCGUUAUUGAUCGAGCAUGAUGUCAAAUAAUGAAUUUUGGCCAAGUUCCUUUUUUGUGUUUUUAUAGACCAAGAUGAAAUUGAGGUCAAUAACACUGCAAAAAAAGAAGGAGGCCAAUAUCCAGCCAUUUUGAGGGUAUAACAGGGUGCAAAGAAAAUCAUUUUUACAGCUUCCCAUUUGGUUAAGCUGACGCUAGCAUUUACUAACCCAGAAGCCAUUUCAACUAGCCCCAAAAACGUUUUGACUAGCAGAAUUGAUUUCACAGUUCUUCUCUUAUUCGAAUUCCUCAAAAAACAUCACUUAUCCAUGGGGCAAGUUAAAAACAGAAUUCACUAGCCCGAUAGCAAAAUCCGCUAGCCCUGGGCUCUUGACACUACUUUCUUUGCACGCUGGAACAAGUGUGGUCAAUAAAGGAUUUAUUAUAUGGCUACAGAAGAGAACUUUUCCCUACAGAACUGAUGUGGGAAAUCCUGAGCGGGCAAGAUGGGCCCAUCUUGCUCGCUUGCGUAGCCAAUCAGAACUCAGGAUUCAUUUCAUCUUGCCCACUUGAGAAUUCAACCAUUAUGAUAAUCUAUGACAUUGACCACUAAGCUUAUUUUUUCAAGAUAGGUAGAUAUUGGUCAAGUCCUUUUUAUUAUCUUACCGGACACAAGGAGGUUAAGGUCUUCAAAUUGCACACACAAAAAAACUAAAAUAAACUUAGUGACUGAAGAGAUUACACCACUUCAAGAACAACUCAUCUUUUCCUCUUGUGGAUGCAAAGCAAGGCAUGCAGUAAUAAACAGUAGACAAGAAGGAGUAGUUUCCAGAGUUUGAAACUUGCAACAAAACUGUCUAGUUUUUUACGUUACCACAAACUACCUUGUACCUUAUAGCCAAGGCAAUUUUUUUAUCAAUGAGAAUUUUAUUUCAGGGUACAAAGAAUCGUUCACAAACAGAUCUUGAAUUGGAAGUAGAAAACAUGGGAGCUCAUCUGAAUGCCUACACAUCACGUGAACAGACUGUUUACUAUGCCAAGGUCUUCAGCAAGGACAUUCCAAAAGGUAAAAAGUUUCAAGAGGCUGCAAGUUUUUUGAAGAACAUUUUCAUGCCAGAUUGUGCCCUUGUCUCCAUGCAUGUGGGCAUGCAAGGCUUUUAUUUGCUAUUUUUCUUCUUGAGUGGUAAUUUUAAUGCCAAUAACAUAUAUAUGUGUACUUGAAAAAAAAAGGGAAAAGUGACCUUCUGUUCACAAGGACCUUUUCAAUGCAUGCCUUCAGUUCUUAGAGCCUUGGUGCUACAUGCUACAGAUGCUACAUGCAAUGCAGUGUAAUUAAUUAAAUUAAUGUUGUGGAAUAUUACAGCUGUUGACAUCCUAGCAGACAUCAUUCAGAACUCAACUCUUGGUGAGGCUGAGAUUGAACGAGAGCGGGGUGUGAUCCUUCGUGAAAUGCAAGAAGUUGAUACGCAGCUAGAGGAAGUUGUGUUUGAUCAUCUUCAUGCCACAGCAUACCAGGGGACCCCGCUCGGUAGAACCAUUCUUGGUCCUACCCACAAUGUCAAGUAAGUGCAAUUUUUUAUGAUUUUUAUUUCCAGUGGACUGAUUACUUUUUCAGGGUGAUCAAGGGUUGCAUAGCCUGAGAAAACAGCUGAAAUUUCCCAACGCCACCACUGGCUUCUCUGCGAAAUGACAUCUGAGAUGCAGAAAUUCCAUACUGAUGAUGUGUCACUACCCAGAUCUGGAUAGUGCUUCUGACUGGCUGAGAACAAUUUGCUUCAGCCAAUCAGGAGUUCUACCCAGAUCUGGGUAGUGAUGAAUCAUCAGUAUGUAAUUUCUGUGCCCAUUUCUCAGACAUCAUUUCACAGGGAAACCAAUGGUGGAAGCAAAAUGUUGGCUUUUUUCUCAGGCUAGGGUGGCACAGUGGUGAGAAAAACUUGUCUCCCACCAAAGUGGCUUGGGUUUAAGACCUGGUUUAAGACCAUAUGUGUGGGUUGCGUUUGUUGCUGGUUCUCACCCUUGCUCUGGGAGUUUUUUUCUAUUUGUGCUCCAGUUUUCCCCUAUCCUCAAAAACCAACACUUCCAAGUUCCAAUUUUAUCUAGGACACUUGGACACAUUUAAAUGAGUUCUUAAGAACCCCUAAGAGCUUCAAAAACAAAACAAUCAAAAACAAAAUAAUCUCAAAUUGCAAAAUUUCAAUGUCGCUUUUGAUUACAAAAUGUAAUUUUGGAUUUUUGUUACAUUUUGAACUUUUGGUGCUGUAGAGAACACUAUCCAGUUUUCAUCUCCAGCACGCAAAGAAAGUCGUGUCCGAUAGCCCGGGGCUAGUGGAUUUUGCUGUCGGGCUAGUGAUUUUUGUUCUUAACUUGCCCGACAGGCAAAUGCUGCUUUGAGGGGAAAUUCAAAUUACAGAAGGAUUGUAAUCAAUCCUGCUAAUCAAAAAAAGUGUUCGGGCUAGUUGAAAUGACUUGUGGGCUAGUACAUGCUAGCUACAGCUUGCCCCAAUGGCAGGCUGUAAAACUGACUUUCUUUGCACCCUGAUCUCUGAGCAGGUUACCUGUAUCAGCAGCAUUUUGUAGUACAAAAAUAACAAGGAAAGCAACCAUUUCAUUUAAGUAAAAUAAAGGUCUCCAAAAAAUCUUGUAUUCCUGGCAGCUUGUCCAUUGGGCAAGCAGCUCUCUUUAUUAGAGGAUGGCUUGGCUAAAUCCUUGCCCAUUGGGCAAGUAAGCUUUAAAUGUUACUUCCUCAGCAAGAAAAUCUGCUUUUUCUAGACUACUGGACAGGUCCCAGUUGUUCAAACGCUGGAUAGCUCUAUCCAUGUGAUAAAUCGCUAUUCAGUGGAUAAGUAUUGCUCAAGGGCAGCGUUCCAGUUAAUUCUUUCAAAUAGGGGGUCAUGUAGACCAUCUGAGGGGUCACCAAGACCACAUGCUAAUUUCUUUCGAUGUAUUUAACUUACUGUAUUUAUUCGAAUAAGCGCCCACCUCGAAUAAGUGCCCAUCCUAACGGCAGAAAAAGUUAAUAAGCGCCCACCCCCACCCAACCCUCAAACCCCCUCCUACCCCCCAAAAAAUGAAUAAGAGACUUCCCCGAAGACGUAGUUUUCUUCGGAGUAUUUUACAGAAACCUUGCUUUGUUACGUCUUCGCCUUUUGUCAUUACCAUUUUUUGUUUUGUUGCAAAAUAAACAUACUUAACGUGCUGAAAAUAGUGAAAAUUUAAUAAGCGCCCACCUCAAAUAAGUGCCCACUCUCAAGGUCCAAAAAUUUAAUAAGUGCUCAGGGCGGUUAAUCGAAUAAAUACAGUAUUAACUUAAUAUUAUGUCAUCUGUCGGGUCAGGAAGCCUUCUUUGUUGUGUCAUUGACCCGAGACCCAUCUCUUUUCUGGAAUGCUGCAAGAGAAACCAAUUGUAUUAUUGAAUGGAUAGAGAUUUACCCAGUGGACAGAGUUAUCCACCAUUUGAACAACUGGGCCCAGGACUUUUUUCAAGCUGUGUAUAUAACCUGUUGGUUUCAAUUUUACUUUGUAGGACCAUAACUCGUGAUGAUCUUGUUGAAUACAUCAACAAACACUACAGUGCCCCAAGAAUGGUACUGGCAGCUGCCGGAGGUAUUUCAUGCAUUCUGCUUUCUCUGAUGCCAGUAGUAGUUUUAGACUGUCUUAAUGAGAUCUUUACACAUAACUUAACAAAUCCAUUGCAUACUUGCACAGCAAUUUAUUCCAACUCUUCUACACAACCAGACAGGGGAACUUUUUGAGAUUUGAGUUUCAUUAUUUUGAGGAUAAUAAUCCUUGUAUAACUAGCAGUUUCCAGUGGAAAGUGAAGUGCUGCGAGUAAAGCAUGACAUUUCAAAUAGUUUGAAUCAGCUACAAUUUCUUUUGAUUUUUGAUAUUUGCCAUUAACGGUGUCAAAUAGGUGUGCAUGUAAGGCGACACUACACAAAGGUGAAAAAAAGUGUGUUUAUCAAGCUACAAUUGUAUAAAAGUCUGUGAGAAUAAAUCAGCAUAUUAUUUGUCUCAAACCUGUCCAUGAUAAGGUUUAGAGCACGUGAGUGAUGAAGUAAGUGAACAAGUGAAUUUCCAAUUGAGUUCAAUACUAAACUGGUUCGUUACACUUCGUGGGCGUAUCAAAUCAUUUUCAAUCUUUGCUUCUGCCUUGUAUCAAACAUUUUACUACCAAGGGGAGAGCAAACCUUGUCACACGUUCAAGAAAAGCUCUUAAUAACUAAAUCAUUAAGCUUAAAUAAAUCUAACAAAGCCUGGCUGAAUACAAAUUUGGCCAAAACAAUGAAUUUAUUUACCACAGAGUUCCAGGAAUUGUGUCAAAUAUUCUGAGAAACAUAUUUCUUCAAUUCAUGAGAACUUUUUACAUUCACUUGCUUUCAUACUCUUCGCUUGCAAAAACGUGGCUUUCUAUAGGAAACAGGAUUUCUCCGCCUCAGGUUUUCCACAGCCCACUUUAUCGACAGUCGACUGUUCUAGAGGAUACAGUAUUUACUUUUCCCUUUGGAAUGUAAUUCUGAAUCGAUUGGCUGCAAACAAAAGGGCCUGGAUUCGACGGCCAUGAAAUUGAGACAAAAAAGGUGUUUUACAUAUGUACCUGUAAACAUAUUUACAUCCAAAAAUCUCAAAUGAGGCCAGCUUCGGGUAACAGGUAACCCUGGCUAGUCAUACGUGACCUGAAUUGGUCUGCUGCAACUUAACUGUGCACUUUUAAACUGGAGUACUGAACUUACAACAUAUAUUGAUAUCUAUCUUCAUUACGUUCUUCCUUACAAUGUAACCAUUCAUUACUUAACAUGUAUUUUUUCUCAACUGUUACUUGGGAAAAUUAAUUGUUACAAAUAGCCAUAUUGUUAAUUAUGAGUUAAUAAUCAAGACCCAGAUUCUCCUUUUCCACCUUCUGUAAUUAGUCUGAAGGACUUUGGGAGAAGUUAAGAAAUAUGGUACUAUUGUUCACAGGUGUUGAUCAUGAUGCUUUGGUAAAGCUUGCUGAACAAAAUUUUAGUGGUCUGAGAUCGACAUAUGAGUCACAAGAUAAGCUGACGCCCUGCAGAUACACUGGCAGUGAGGUAAAUCAAUGAAAUUGUCGCCAUUGGGAAAACCAUUUUAAUACAAACAGACACAUGCACAUGUCAGAGCUGCAAAUGACAAUUGGUCAUUGGACAAAGGGUGUUUUCACGCUAGAGAUGUUAAAGUCAUUAUCUAGUAUAAAUGUGGUAAAAAAGACAGAUGUAUUUAACGUCUGACAACAUUAACAUCUUCUCUUAAGUGUGUCGUUCAGAUGGCAUGGACUACCCUAACACAACGGGAAGAGUCAGAGUUGUGUAUUUUUUACAGAAAAUUCUGUCUUUUACAGUGUUGUCAUCUACUUUUUUGUGUUCUGUUCAGAUGUUAAAUACAUCUAGAUGACUUAAAUUGUCUCUAGCAUAAAAACGGCCAAUGUUCAACUAAAAUUUGCCAUGUCUGAUGAAAUCCAUGCAUUUUUGUACUUAUGUAAUUACUGGGAAACGGAAGUAUCGGUACAUACAUGUACCAAUGUAUAUUCAAGUGACUUAUGUUACUCUCAUUUAGAGUUUCAAUCUCGUGAUCAUUUAAACAAAUGGAGAUUACGUCAGGGAAGAAUGCUGAUUACUACCUUAGAUGGGCAAUGUUAUGUUAAUGUGUAGAUAACAAAAAAAAAGAUUUUUUGCUGUAGACAGUGCUAGGUUUAUGAUGGUGACUGGUUGAAGGAGAUUACAAAUUAAUGGUUGAAUGGUAAGAAAAAAACUAAGCUCAUUGAGAUAAUAGUGAUUUGUCACAGUAUUGCAGACCACUUGUUUGUCUCUUCCUUUAGCAUAAGCAAAUAAACACUUAACAACAAGUUGCCAUAAAUAUGUUGCUCAUCUUUGUCCAAUAAUAAUAACAUUAUUGUUUACCACUAUGCAUUUUAGAUCAUAAAAUCGUGUUUGUUGUUGACAGAUCCGUUUCCGUGAUGAUGACAUGCCAUUGGCUCAUGUUGCUGUUGCUGUAGAAGGCUGUGGCUGGACUCAUCCAGAUUACUUUGCUCUUAUGGUCACUAACAUGGUAAGAUAUUAAUAAUUUUCCCCACAAGACACUUAAAAAUAAUUUAUGUACUUUUUUGGCUUUGAGAAAGCCCAAAGAUAAGGCUUGUACUGUGUGGGCAUGCAUCCACAAAUUCAGUGUAAUAAAUUACAAGAACGAAUGUAGCACCAGUUUUAGUAACAUAAAAAAUAUGUUAAUAAUAUAUGUCACUAAUCAAAAGUAUCAGUAAUAACAAUAAUAAUAAUAGGUAAAUUAGAAAUAGAUAUUAAGGGCAACUAAGAAAUGCUCAGAAAAUAAAAGAACCGAGCCCCCAGCAGGAAUCAAACCCACAACCUUCCAGAUACUGGUAGGACACAUUGACCAAUAAGUAAAUUGUUAGUGAUGAUAGAAGAUUUUCAAAGGGAUAAAAGAUAAAACAAAGGAAGAAACAAAAUAUGGGGCUAGGGAAGAAAUUAGGGCAAGUAAAAUUUGUUGUCGUUUAUUACAUUAUUAUUACUUUUUUGCUGAAGGGGUUGAUGGGCUCUUACUUGUUUACCUCCCUUUGGUGAAUUACAUUGUAAAAUUAAUACGUAAUAGUAAUAAACAAACACUUAACUUAAACUAUCUGCAAACCAAACUCCUACACAGUUGUAAGCUUAGGCCAAUAAUGCUUUCUGUUUCACCAGACCUGUAUUUUAUAAACGUUACUUGUAAUGAUCCUGUCAUAUCAUAAUUGAUUUGCUUUUCAAUGUUUUCCAAUUGAUUUGUACAAUUUGGUGUGUUAUUUUGAAUUUUUAGCUGAUCGGCAACUGGGACAGAUCAUUCAGUGCUGGAAGGAAUAUCAGCAGCAAACUCGCACAGGUGGGGUAAUCACAACAAAUUGUUUUUCCUGGGGCAAAUGCUCUUUCUGACAUGAACCAAAAUUAAUUACAGUUUGGGUUAACCUGUCAUCACCUGUUGGGUCAAAUAGCUGAAUUAAUUCAGCUGAACUUUAACCAAAAAAUUGAUCCAAAUACAGUCAGCUGAACUGAGCCACAAUCCUUGUCACAUAAUUUGAGUUGGGACAGUCCCCUUGCAACACCCAUAAUCCAACAAAAAGUUGUGUUCCUUCCCUCCCAGUGUUGAAUUUCAGUCUUCUGUGAUGCCAACUGGCAAAGACCAACAUUGGGAUUGCAGAAAAUAUCAUAACUGUCCCAACUAAUGUAACAAGUAUUGUAGGUAAUAUGUGGGCACUUCACAUGAGGUCAACUCUAUUACUAAAGUCUGGCUCAUGUGAAGUACAGCAAUAUUAACCCAGGCCCAAAUUUAUGUACAUGUAUGAAAAGUCUGAAUUUUGUUUAGUUGGUGAAAAUGAGCCUCUGCAACAUAACACUGAAACUCUUUAUUAUAAUGGUUGAAUUUGGGGUCCCAAUAACAGACCAAAACCUAGAACCACUUUGUACCGUGUAACAAAUAGUGCCACAGGAAACUACUGCUCAGUAGCUUUCUUUUGAAUGGUCACACUUUAGGAUUACACCCACAGACUAAAAAGUUAGAACCACUUUGUUCAGCAUAAUAAACAGUACCACAGGAAAGUAUUGGAUACUAAGUAACUUUCAUUUGAAUGGUCACACUUAAGGAUUUAGUUGACAGACUCAAACAUAAAAUAUUCUUGUCAAACUUCUGUAUGAAUUUCUAACUAGUAUGGCUGAAGCAGUUGUUAGCUCAGUUUAGUCAUUGGUAUCAGAAACAUGACAGCAGCCUCGAAACGCAGUUCAUUUGUUUACUGUUAAAGGCAUUCAGUAGAAGAUCCAGACCUUCAGAUGGGGGGAGGGGGGGAGGGCGCUCAUCCAGACCCUGAGAUAAGGGGGGGGCGCGCAGUCUCCAAAAAAAUUUUUUUUCGGCCCUUCGGAUCUGGGUCCGCCACUGGCAUACAUGUAUACUGACCAAACAAGUAAACUUUUGGUAAUCUUUUUUGUGCCGCUUUAUUUGUAUUCAAAGUGUUUCAGUGGAAAAACCUUCAGACAGCUGUUUGGCUCUCAUUUGCUGUGUUGUUUUUUGUCCAUGUAUGUAUUCCUUGACAUAUUGUCUGUGAAGACUCUGACCAUAAGUGCAGUACAGACAAUUCUACACCUGUAGAUCUGGUUUAGAAAGUCUAAUAGUCUGAAAUGUCACCUGUCUCAUAGCCCCACCCCUCCCCAAUGGGCAGCCACUCAUUCAAAGGGGGUGGGGGGGCGGAGAAUGACAAAUACACGAAUAAUAACCAAAUUAAAAGUUAAAGUAUUAUUUUUUGUUUUUUGUAGGACAUGAUUAAACAUAACUUGGCUCACAGUUUCAUGUCAUUCAACACUUGCUACACAGAUACAGGACUAUGGUUAGUAUUCCCCUUUGGAUAUUAUUUUUAGUGGUGGGGCCAAAUGGGGCAAUUCUGUGUUUCGGUUGUAAAUAUGCACAAUUACCCCAGAUAGGUUCUCAUGGAAAUGAGAUCAAACAAGUGUCGUAUGACUGGUUGAAAAAAAAAAAGAGUUUUCUCCCUUCCCUCACCCAUAACCCCUAAUCAUGUAAGCUUGCUCAAAGGCAUGGCUUUUAUAACGAGUACUAAUGUGUUUGUCGAUCAGCAUAGGUAUUCACUGUAAGUUUAAGUUGAUCAAUUAUUGUUGCUGUUAUUAUUGACUUCUGCACUACAUACAGUGUGGUCAACUUUGUUUUCACUUUGUGAAGCUGCCUUUCGAAUGGUCAUAACUAGCUAGCUAUUAGGCCUGGGCUUGAAAUUGUAUCCUAGCAACAUGCAACGCAUGCUCAACAAAGAUCUUACUCAAUUCAUGCAAAGCUUUUCACGCCAGCUGGUUUUUUCCCCUCCUCCUAGUAACAAUAGGGACCUCAAGCAACAACGACGGCGGCGGCUUUGAAAACAUCACUUAAAAAGUGAAGUCGUGCUGCCUCAAACUUUAUCGCGUUUAUUCCAUCUCGUUUACUUCGUCAAAUGUUUGCAAAUACUUUUGGAGUUGAAUUCUAAAGGAUUGUAUCAAAGUUCAGGAAAAGCAAAAGAAAAUUGUUGUUUUGCUAAUAUAAAGCUAGUACUUCUUCGCCGUUCUUGUUCUCGUCGCCGUUGUCGUUUCUUAGGGAAGCCAAGGAAUACCCUCUGUUUGUUUUCCUCCACAGCUUACUUAUUUAACCAAAACUUGACAUAUGUGUUUACAUUUUAGGGGAAUUUACUUUGUGUCUGAUAAAAUGUCCAUUGACAACACAAUAUACUGCAUCCAGAAAGAAUGGUGAGUGUUAAACAUCUUGCUUUAUGCCCUGUUCAAUUUACCGUAAAUCCCCCAUUAAUCCCGCCGGGGGGCUUACUUAUUUCAAGCCCAUUUGGCGGUGGGGGGGGGGGGGGGUUAAUAGAGCCGGGGGGCUUUUUGGGAUUGGGGGGUUCUGUACACUUUCCUCUCAAGAGUGAACAACACCGAUUUUCGCCGAAAGGGGAUUAAUAAUAAUAAUAAUAAUAUUUAUAAUAACAAUAAAUAAAAUGAUCAGCAAAGGAAUUUGAUCUUUCAUCAAAUUUUAUAAACUCAAGGGCUUAUGUAGUUAAAAACGGCAAGGGCUUAUGUAGUUAUUUUUCUUUUUUAGGAUGCGUAUAUGCACCAGUGUAACGGAUCACGAGGUGGCACGUGCUAAAAAUCUGCUGAAAACAAACAUACUUAUGCAGCUGGAUGGUAUGUAGCUACCUUUAUGCUGGUUUUCGUCCCUGAAGGCUUAAAUCGUUGCGCAGCAUGGAGUUUAUCCGUUAGUACAUAUUCAAAAAUUUGAGCCAAUGAGGAACAAGAUCAAAUUUUUCAAAUUUAUAUUGCCUUUCCUCAUGUGCUUUUCCUGGCACUGUCCUUUUCAGUUUUCCCGCGCUUUUCAUUACUCGAACGCUUCUCGUCAAUAAUAACAGUGGUUUUUUCCCGCGCUUUUCAUCAUUUGAACGCUUGCCUUCAAAAACAGUGGUGUUUUCCCGCACUUUUCAUCAUUUGUACGCUUCUUUAUGGUGUUUUACCGCGCUUUUCGUCAUCUGAACGCUUCUCUUCCACAUCAGCUGCGUUCGCCGCACUUUUCAUCGUUUGCAAAUUUUCCCGCUUUUUCUAUCAUUUACACUUUCCCUGUGCUUUGCUUACAAGUUUCACUCCCCUCCCCCUCCUCCCUCCCCCUUAUUUGGUCACAGGUGCGCCUUUCCGUUUUUUUCAUCCAUUGCACACACUUCCCACAGUUUAAGUUUUUCUCGCGCCUUUUGUCAUUCACGCCUGUUGCAUCCUUCCCUGUACUUACAUUGUCAUAAAACUGCUGAAAUUAAAUUACGAUAUUUAGCUUUUUUAGCCUGACAAAGAGUCGACACUUCGCGGCGCCACCACUGUUUUUCCCGCGACGGGGAAACUAGUGAAACAAAUUUUCAUCCAAUCAGAAGCACUACACAGAUAUGGGUCGUGUGACGUCAUCAGUAUGGAAUUUCUGCGCUCGUUCCUCAGACGUCAUUUCGCAGGGAAACCAGUUGUGGCGUCAGGAAAGGUCGGCUGUUUUCUAAGGCUUAGGUUUUUUUUAUGCUAACUUAAUUCGUCUAAACUUUAUUCUAGGAUCCACUCCUAUCUGCGAAGACAUUGGAAGGUAAAUGUUUACAGCCUUUGUUGAUUCACUGUACGUCAGCAGUCAUUAUCAUCAUCACCAUCAUUAUCAUCAUCAUCAUCAUCAUCAUGUAAACUAAGGCUUGAAAAACCACUGCAAAAAACCGUGUACGAUCAAUGUAGCUCAACUUUGGAUCAAACAAGAUCGUGAUCAGUCGAAAAAGAUAGAGAAAAUAGAAUUAAGUCAAAAAGACUACUGCAAAGACUGAUCAAACAACGUGAAAAAGGCUGAAGUAUACAAUAUUUCGACUGGCCAAUACCUGUCUUCAUCAGUUUUAUUAGAUCAUCAUAAUCACUUUCAUCAAAUGCGCAGAUCCCUUUUGAUACAGACGAAUAACUAAUUCAUUUUCUGACUCGAGACUAUGUCGAUUUUUUCACCAGGCAAAUGUUGACAUAUGACAGGCGUAUUCCUUUGCCAGAACUUGACAAAAGAAUUGAGGUAAUAUAUUACUUUUAUCCAUUUCCUUCCUGUUUUGAUUAUUUGUUUGUCUCCUACACAUUCUUACGACUAGCUUGCCAGAAAGUUAUCGCGCUUAGUGCUCACUCCUUUCCGAGUUUGUCGUACGAAACCAGCUCAGAGCCUAGUCCCACAGGCGAAUUCGUCUCGGUCAAUCCUAGACUCUACCGUGAGCUGUAACGUCACCACCCUUUCGCAGACUUCGCGCGGUCAACUGGGCAAGAGAGAACGCCUCGGGACUAGGCUGACCAACUCAUACAUUUCCUUUCAUUUUUUGUAGAUGAUUGAUGCUAAGAUGAUCAGAGACGUAGCCACAAAGUACAUCUAUGACCGCUGCCCUGCUGUUGUUGGAGUCGGUAAGUACGGUUUGUUAGAUAAUAGGGAGUUUAAUUAGCGAAGUUUUGAGCAACGCACGUCAAUUCGAAGUGAGCCUUUUUCUCUGCUGAAACGCCUUGACGCUACUUAAUUUUGUUUUUAAGUGUUUUUACUCUUAUAGAGACGAUUUGCCCUAGAAUUUGUUCAAAAUCACGGCCGUGAAGUUCAAAAAGUCUACUUCUGGUUGACUCGCGUCGCUCAAAAACGUCGUUGCUUUUAACUCCCUACUAAACAUCCUUCACUAUACUUGCUUGUUACCAUUUGCAGUGUCAUUCAUUGGUUAAUCUAGGGGAGGAGCAAACUGAAUAGGGACAAGUGACCACGUACACCAACCCACUGCCUGGCCGGUACCUAACCCCUGUUUCACCCUAGCACUAGCAAUAUUGGACAGCUUUUUCGCCCUUAUUAGGGCUCGUCAAAGUGGAAUAGCCGAAUAAAUGGACAACUCAGUGUAUCAUAGGGCCUUUACUGCAAAGCAAUUAUUCAAGCGCCAGCUCCUUACAAUACAAGUGGGAGCUGUUGGCUGGGAGCCGCAUGGCAGUUCUCCUACGGAAUGUGUUGGGGAGGCGGAUGAACAUUACUGUUGAUCUGUGUGCCAGGGGAGGGGCCCUCUUCUUUAUUUUUAGCCUCAAAUGAAUUCCCCGGGGAAAAGAAAAGUUAAUUGGAGGCCUGCCUCUCUCUUUUCUAUAUGAGCGGGCACCCACCUACUUGAAGAUCCGAAUAUUUGCCCCUGUUAUAGCCUGCGAGAAAGCUGCCCAUUUGAGGAAUCGCGAGAAGUCACGCAUGAGCAGCACGCGAAAGGAGACGCGAGGGGGUGGGUGGUGGGGCGGGGAUAGGCGACCUCGCCGCUUGUUCGCGCGUUUUUUUACUGUUGAGCUUACUGGUGAGCUUACUCGCAGGCUCCUCCGUACUGUUAUCAAUGUAAAGGAAAAAGUCUGUGUUCAGUUUUGGCUGUGCUGGUGUAAUUUUGAAAUUUGUGCAUUUUUUCCUUUCAGGACCAAUAGAACAGCUGACGGAUUAUAACAGAAUUCGCGGAGGAAUGUACUGGUUGAGGCUUUAGACUGGCGAGCCUCCUGCCGUCAUCUCUCAUUGUUUCAACUGAAUAUUCUGUAAAAAAUCAAAGAACGCUUUUAUCGUUUGCGCUGUAUGCAAGUUUUGAUCUGCAAAAACUUCUGCAACGGUUAAAUGUUGUUAGGAUUCUUUUAAUAAAAUAUGUGGUCGUAGCUUC